CCUGCGACCUAUACCAUGUCCUGAAAACUUGUUCGAUUCUCCGAGCUCUUUUCACUUAUCUCAUCCAAGUGAAGAUCGGAGAAAACUCGAACGAACAAAUCACGUGGCAGCAGUUAUGUGGGGCUAUGAAAUCAUCGCGUGCUUUUUGUUGCUGUUCAUUGCUCAGUUCCAAGAUAGUAAAAGUGAAAUUAAGCCAGCACCUGAAAAAGGCGAGAAUGUCUGUGCCUUUCACAAGGUAAAGACAGUGUUUAAUAUGAGAAGAAAYAGCACCACAAUCAAGUCAACGACAUCGAAGARCUGCAACAUUCCUGGCUUUAAAAACUUGAAAUGUCGAGAGUCCAAGUACGAGACACGAAUCUACUGGUACCCAGUCCGUAGUGACCGUCAUUAUAUUUCGUAUGACUGUUGCCCUGGAUGGAAGGGAUUUAAAGAAGGCGUUGGAUGUCUUGAAGUAAAGCCAUGUGAAGUUAAGAUAUCACAAAAGGCUGAAACACACUGCAAAGCUAAAAGACAGAAAGAACUAACUGAUGUUAAAAACAUCUACAAACUUGGAUCCAUUCCUGGUCUACCRUUUGUCAUCACAGACAUCGACGCCAUGAAACUAGUCAAUAUGCAUUUAGCCGAUCCRUUCACCAAGACUUGGAUGCAGAUUUAUAUCUAUAUGUUAAAGUUUAAUAAGCAACUCAUUGAAGCCUUUCCAGCUGCUAAUAAGAAGGAAUUCACAUCGAUUAAAGAUUAUCAAGAUGUUUACCACUAUUUCAUUGGGAAAAUGAAGAGCAGUCGGCGUGGUUUAGAUGACAAGAAAAAGCUCCCUUACUUUCCCUAUCGUGAUGACGGUGAACUUCUUUAUCGUUCAAUCUACAGCUUCGUUGAUGAGUACAUAUCACACUACUAUCGAGGUGACCGUGAUGUCCAAGCAGACAAAGAGCUUCAAGCUUUGGCCAAUGAGAUGUCAGUAAACGGGAAAGGUGAACAUGGUGGAAAUGGAAAGCUCAGGGGAUUUCCAGAUAAAAUCACUACCAGAGAUCUUCUUAAGGACAUCAUGGCACGACUAAUUUGGACAUCCAGUGCCCAGCACAGUGCAGUUAACUACCCGAUAGCGGCUUAUGGUGCAUUUUCACCAAGUAUUCCCACCAAAAUAUACAAUGAUAUCCGAGUACCCAACGACCAAUUCAGUCUUUAUCGACUCCCUAACGGAAAUAUAUCUGCGAUUCAAGCCGGUGUGGCCAUGAGUCUUGGGUCACUACACUAUGAUGAUCUGCUGGAUUAUGGACCACAAUUAUCAGACAAAGCGGGAAGCGAGAUUGUUAAGAAACAUUAUCAUUAUCUUAGCACGCAAGUUAAGGUCAAAAUGGAUGCUCGAAACAAAGUCAGAUUUCGAUAUGGCUACUUGACCUAUCCAUGGCUGACCCCUGGUUGGGUGCCCAAUAGUAUUUGUACGUGAAUACAAAGUGAUUUUCAGAGAUGAAGUCAAAAGUGAUUCAAAUGAAAUUGUAGAUGGAUGUAUUCAAAUAAAAGGAACAAACUUGAAUACUAAA